CUCCUUCACAGGCUGACACGUCUGCAGGGUGAGUGAGUGGCAUUGGCAGCCUGUCAAUCCCUCACCAAAGCGGCCAUCAAACAACAUAAAACACACACAGUCACCGAGCUGCUGAGCUCAUAAAUUCCAGCUGGCUGAUAUUUCCGCGCCUUGCUUUGCGAGAGAGCCUGCAAUUAAUUUUUAUUUAUUUAUUUUUUACACCCCCCCUUUCCCCCCCCUUUCCCUUUUUUGGGGGGGUUAAAUUUCUUUUUUCCCCCUUUUGCAUGACUUUGAACUUUUUUUGGCCCCCCUGUUUGCUGCUGCUGCUGCUUUUUCUCCCCGUCGCACAGACUUUGGGAUCGUUUGUUAUGAUUUUUCCUUUUUCCGAAGGGGGCAAAGACAAGAGAUACAUAUAUUUUUCAUCGCCCUCUGGUUGUAAAUUUUCUUGGCUUCUCGCUCGCUCGCUCUUUUUCAAUGGUGCAAUUAGAAGCUGGGGUGUCUGCCUGGGUUGUGAAAUUUUUUUUGCCCCUCCCGCGUGCCACACUCGUAACUCUUUAAGGAUUUGGGAAGCAUGUUGAUUUUGUGAUUAUUGCCGUUAUUAUUUUUCCUUAAAAAAAUUUUUUUUAAGGGUUUGCCUGCCUUUCCCCCCUUAAGAAGCUGCUUUUGAGGAGAGGGAGGAAAACAAAACAAACACAGACAGUCAAGUGAGGGAAAGACAUGAGCAACUAACUUUAAAAAAAAUUCUCCCUUCUCCCCGCAAAAGGAAAUAAGAAUAAGAAUUAAUUAUUACAAUCUUUGGAUGCAGAUUGUACGAAAGGAAAGAAGAAAACUCCAGACACCUGAUCAAGGCCAGCGAUGAUCCCAGCCGGAACCAUGAUGAUGAGGAAAGAAGAUUUGUAACUAAAGAAGCCAGCUUUGAUUUACUGCUCUGGAAAAAGAGAGAGUGUGGAAUAAACAACGGAGAUCUGGUGAAAUCUCAAACCACUGAGAUAUAUAUAUCUCUAUAUAUAUCUAUAUACAGAAUAUCUGCUUUGCCUUGGUGUUGCCCUCCCUUUCUGGAGAGCCCAAUUCCUUGUAAGAAGCAACGAUUUACUUGCAUUUUCUGCAUCUUUUUUUUGCCUUCCCCCUCCAAGCACAAAACCACCUUCUGAUUGCGAAGCCCGCUGAUUUUUUUCCCCCUUUUCCCCCCUUUCCCCCCUUUCUUUCCCUCUCCCUACUCCUCCUCCUCCAACCACCUCCUCCUCCGGCGUGCUGCUCCGUCUCCUGCUGCUGCUUCAGCUGCCUCUCCAAAGUGCAUUGAUUGGGCUGCGGUAGGAGGUAUGGAUGAGCAGACCAGGAUGCUGCAGACUCUGGCCGGCGUGAACCUGGCUGGCCACCCGGUGCAGGGGGGCAUGGCGCUGCCUCCUCCCCACGGGCACGAAGGGGCCGAUGGUGACGGCCGCAAGCAAGACAUUGGCGACAUCCUCCACCAAAUCAUGACCAUCACCGACCAGAGCCUGGACGAGGCGCAAGCAAAAAAGCAUGCACUGAACUGUCACAGGAUGAAGCCCGCUUUGUUCAGUGUCCUCUGUGAAAUCAAAGAGAAAACAGGUCUGAGCAUCCGAGGCGCGCAAGAAGAAGACCCUCCUGACCCCCAACUAAUGCGUUUGGACAAUAUGCUUCUGGCGGAAGGGGUUUCAGGUCCCGAAAAAGGUGGCGGAUCAGCAGCGGCGGCAGCAGCAGCGGCAGCUUCCGGCGGGUCUUCGGAUAACUCAAUCGAACAUUCAGAUUACAGGGCUAAGUUGACCCAGAUCAGACAGAUCUAUCACACGGAGCUGGAGAAAUACGAACAGGCGUGCAACGAAUUCACCACACACGUGAUGAACCUCCUACGAGAGCAGAGUCGGACACGCCCCAUUUCUCCCAAGGAGAUCGAGAGGAUGGUGGGCAUCAUCCACCGGAAGUUCAGCUCCAUCCAGAUGCAACUCAAACAGAGCACUUGCGAAGCCGUCAUGAUCUUGAGGUCGCGGUUCCUUGAUGCCAGGCGGAAAAGGCGGAACUUCAGUAAACAAGCCACAGAAAUCUUGAACGAGUAUUUCUACUCUCACCUCAGUAAUCCUUACCCCAGUGAAGAAGCCAAAGAGGAGCUGGCAAAGAAAUGCAGCAUUACAGUUUCACAGGUAUCCAACUGGUUUGGCAACAAGAGAAUCAGGUACAAGAAGAACAUUGGGAAAUUUCAAGAAGAAGCCAACCUUUACGCAGCAAAAACAGCGGUGACCGCAGCGCACGCCGUGGCAGCAGCUGUCCAAAACAACCAGACAAACUCGCCCACCACACCAAACUCUGGUUCUUCUGGUUCUUUUAACCUCCCUAAUUCUGGGGACAUGUUCAUGAACAUGCAGAGUCUGAAUGGGGAUUCUUACCAGGGGUCUCAAGUCGGAGCCAAUGUGCAGUCACAGGUGGAUACCCUGCGUCAUGUUAUCAAUCAGACGGGAGGAUACAGUGAUGGUCUGGGAGGAAAUUCGCUGUACAGUCCACAUAAUUUAAAUGCUAAUGGAGGCUGGCAAGACGCAACGACUCCAUCUUCUGUGACCUCACCAACAGAAGGCCCGGGAAGCGUGCACUCUGAUACCUCUAACUAAUCUCCUCAUAACACUUUUCAUCCUCUCCACCACCCCACUGAGCUGACAUGCCUUCCUUUAGUGCAUUCAGAAUCCCAGAAGGAAAGAGAGAGAGAAAGAAGAAAACAGGAAGGAAAGGAUUUUUUUUUUAACCAAUCACCUAUGGCUUUACUGUAAAACCUUGUCGUACCAGAGAACUCGAUAAAUCUGUCGUGUGUGUGUGUGUGUGUGGUUUUUUUUAAGGUAUCCUAAUCAUUUGUAUAUGUACUUUAAAAUAUCACAAAUAUUCGCACACUCACGCAAUGUUAAGGAAUUAAAAAAAAAAAAAAACCAAGCACUUUAUCCAACUAGGCCAAGGUUUAGAAUUGUUUGUAGCCCUGUAACUAUUUUAAGAAAAAUAAUUUAUUAUCAAUCGAUUUUGCAAGGAUGGUGUACCAGCUGCCGACUUCUUGGCCUUAAGGGUAAACGAGAAUCGUUCUUAAGAAUAACCUCAUCGAGUCGAACCAGGCAAUGGGUUCCUCGCCCGAAUCGAACUCCCCACUGAGAGCCGAAGUGAAUUUCAGACGCUGAUUGUGUUUAAUCUUUUCGCCCCCACCCCUCCCGCCCAAUAUCUUCUGCUAAAGCAGAGAGAUGUUUUGCUCAGUUGACGUUAUCUCCACUCCAGUUGUGUCCUUAGGUUUUGCCUUUUUUUUGGGGGGGGGGAAACGUGUCCUUCGCCGGUAUGCAGUUGGCAUUCGACUACGUCGAGUUAACCAAGAAGCUUAGGUACCAGGGGCGUCGUCGUCUUUUCCCCUUUUCCUUUUCCUUUUUUUUUUUUUUUUUUUUUGGUUUAACCCUCGCUAAAGUACCAUGGUGUAGAGCCUUCCCUGCUCUGCAGGUCUUCGGCGGGCACAGACGAUCCACACGAGAUGGAGCUAUUCUCUGCCCGCGUUCGAAAAACCCCAGUCGUUGGGUUUUGACAGUCCGAGCUGGGUGCUGUUCACGUCCACCGGGGCGCUUCACCGCACGGCGGUGAAGGCCAGACGGCGCUGUUCUCUGGAGUGUUGUGUAUAUAGUGUAGCAAAAGAGUAUUUAUACAUCUCACCAAUCAAAACACAGCUUUAUUACCUCAUGCGAACUCAUAAGAACCAAUAGAAACAUAUUCUUUAGGGUUAGAGUGUUCACCCUACUACCUCUAAACAAUACUCACGCUGUAGUAUGUCUCUUAAUCUUAUGAUUAUUUCUUCUCCUCUUUGGUUUUUCCUCUUCGUUUUUUUUUUUUUUUUUUUUUGGCAUCUUGUAAUUAACUCCUUGUUUCCCUUCAUGAAAUGUAAUGUACAUUGUAAUCUUUUAAAUAAUAAGAAUAAAAAAAAAAACCAUUUUUAAAAAUCUGGGUUGCGUCGGCAACUUUCAAAAACGAUUAAAAAAAAGAAGCUUUGAAGUGGAAACAUGGGUCUUUAGGUUCAACACAAAACAGUAAAACUGUUUGUAAAUACAGAGAAACAUUUUGAAUGUUCUUCAUCUUGUUACUAUAGUAAUUCACACGAAAGAAGGAGAGAGAGAGAGAAAUUUUAAAACCAAUAAUGAAUUGUAAAGCAGACCUCGUCUCAGUAUUCAGUACUGUAUAUUUCACCCUGUAUAAUUGGGGACGUGGGUGGGACGGGUGCCCCCUCUUUAUUCUUUCCUUUCCUUUUUUUAAUUUUCUCCUCUCUUUUGUAUUGUAUGCGAUUCUGAAACUGAUUGACUCAAAAAAAAAAAUUGUGGCAGUGAUUCUAAUGUAUUAAAACGUUUCGUGUUAAUUUCUAACUGGAUUACACCCUGAAUUGAAGAGUCUUCCUCGUGGUAGUUCUAUGUAGUUUCGAACCAUGAAUAAACUUUUUGCUUUCAUGA